GGUCAGUGGGACAACAUGAGACGUUCACUGGGCUUUUUACUUAUUGCCAUCUCCAUGGUGUUGGCAGGGAGUGUCACCAUCAAGACCUUGGUGUUCCUGGGUGAGUCCAGCAACACUUAUGUUGAGAUGGUCCCUCAGAAACCUCUGAACCUGAGGGCGUUCACUCUGUGCAUGCGAGUGGCCACGGAGCUCACCGGGGAGCGUGAAAUCAUCCUCUUUGCCUACCGGACCAGAGACUUCGAUGAGCUGAAUGUAUGGCGAGAGCUGGACGGCAGAUUGUCUUUCUACCUGAGCGGAGAAGGAGUUUUCUUCAAAGUCCCUGAGCUCGGGCCACUGGAGACCCACCUGUGCUUCACCUGGGAUUCCGGUUCAGGUGCGGCUACCCUCUUCAUGGACGGGAGGAGAAGUUCGACUAAAAUCUACAAGAAAGGUCACGCUGUGCGCAGCGGUGGAAAGGUUAUCCUCGGACAAGAUCCAGAUUCUUAUUUGGGUGAUUUUGAUGCCAAUCAGAGCUUUGUCGGGGAGAUCUGGGAUGUGAACAUGUGGGACUCUGUCCUCUCAGACAGCACGAUCCGAGACAUGUCCUCCAUGAAGAGAGUGCCCAGGGGAAAUGUCUUUGACUGGAAAAGUACAGAGCUUAAAGUUAAUGGGAAUCUGGAGGUUGUAAAUCGAGAGCUUUAGGCUCUGACUCUGAAUGCUGGGAAACUACACAACUUAACACUUAUGGGAAUGUUGAUGUUUUUAACCCUAUCCUGUAGCUAUGACACAACAGGCUGAAAUAAUGUCAUAAAGUCUACAAAGGCAAUAUAACGCUCUGCAAUUAAUGGAAUCAAAUGAACCUAAAUUUCACCUGUAUGACAUCCUCAUAUGAAUCAUUAGAGAUGGUUGUCAAACUUAAUUCUUGUCACUGCAAUAAACGCUUCUGCAAGCAA